CGGAAGUAGGUCCGGCGGCCCGGAAGCGGAGGCCAGGGAGGAUGGCGGAGGUGGGGGAGGUGUCCGAGGGCUGCCGCCUGCCCGUCUUGCGCCGUAACCAGGACAACGAGGAUGAGUGGCCACUGGCUGAGAUCCUGAGCGUGAAGGACAUCAGCGGGAGGAAGCUCUUCUACGUCCACUACAUCGACUUCAACAAGCGGCUGGACGAAUGGGUGACACACGACCGGCUGGACCUGAAGCGGGUGCAGGUGCCACGGAAGGAGGCCAAGACACCCACCAAGAACGGGCUGCCCGGCUCCCGGCCAGGCUCCCCCGAACGCGACCCGAAGCGUAAGGUGGAGGUGGUGUCACCCGCCACUCCCGUCCCUGCCGCCACCGAGACUUCGCAGGCCUCCGUCUUCCCCCAGAAUGGCUCCGCUCGCCGGGCAGUGGCCGCCCAGCCAGGACGCAAGAGGAAAUCAGCCUGUUUGGGGACCGACGAGGAUUCCCAGGACUCGUCGGACGGAGCCCCCUCAGCGCCGCGGAUGACAGGCAGCUUGGUUUCGGAUCGGAGCCACGAUGACAUCGUCACGCGGAUGAAGAACAUCGAGUGCAUCGAGUUGGGGCGCCAUCGCCUCAAACCCUGGUACUUCUCCCCCUACCCCCAGGAGCUGACGGCGCUGCCCGUCCUCUACCUCUGCGAAUUCUGCCUCAAGUACGGCCACAGCCUCCGCUGCCUCCAGCGUCACCUGACCAAAUGCGACCUACGACACCCCCCAGGCAAUGAGAUCUACCGCAAAGGCACUAUCUCCUUCUUUGAGAUCGACGGUCGCAAGAACAAGAGUUAUUCGCAAAACCUUUGUCUGUUGGCCAAGUGUUUUCUGGAUCACAAAACGUUGUAUUACGACACCGACCCUUUUCUUUUUUACGUCAUGACCGAGUACGACUGCAAAGGCUUCCACAUCGUCGGCUACUUCUCCAAGGAGAAGGAAUCAACGGAGGAUUACAACGUGGCCUGUAUCCUCACCCUGCCCCCCUACCAGCGCCGGGGCUACGGCAAGCUGCUCAUCGAGUUUAGUUACGAGCUCUCCAAGGUGGAGGGGAAGACAGGGACCCCCGAGAAGCCGCUGUCAGACCUGGGGCUCCUCUCCUACCGCAGCUACUGGUCCCAGACCAUCCUGGAGAUCCUCAUGGGGCUGAAGGCUGAGGGCGGGGAGCGCCCCCAAAUCACCAUCAACGAGAUCAGUGAGAUCACCAGCAUCAAGAAGGAAGACGUCAUCUCCACCCUCCAGUACCUCAACCUCAUCAACUACUACAAGGUGCUGCCCGGAUUUCGGGAUCCCCCUGGGUUGGGUCAGGGGACACACACACACACAAGCAUAUUGGGUCCCCUGGGUUGUGAGGACACCCCCCCCCCCAAAAAAAAACCCACCUUGGGGAGGGGACCCCAACUCCUCUUUGGAGCAUCACAAGCUUUGGGUGCGGUAUGGGGGGGGCAUGGAUGGAUACUGGGGUGUCUCCCCCUGGAUUUUUGGGGUGUCUCCUCCCGCAGGGACAGUACAUCCUGACGCUGUCGGAGGACAUCGUGGAGGGACACGAGCGGGCGAUGCUGAAGCGGGUGCUGCGCAUUGAUGCCAAGUGCCUCCACUUCACCCCCAAGGACUGGAGCAAGAGGGGAAAGUGGUGAGGGCACAGCCCCCCCGCUGGCCACACCCACCUGCCACACCCACUCAGACCACACCCACCCUCAUUACCCCACAGCCGGUAAUUAAACAUCAUCACCUGGUUCUCA